AUGGUCCCCAACGCCGAGCAAGUGAAACGGCGCUGCAAAGCACGCCAGCAGGCAGGAAAGGCGAUGACUAGAGCAAGUGGCGGCACUCCUGGCUCUGUUCUCGGGACAUUUUCCAACUUUGCGCAGCUCUCGCAAUUCUGGCUUGACCCAAAAGAUGCGGACGUGCUCAAGAGUGGUCUCCUCGAUGUGGUGAACGCAACAGAAUCCCGGCCGUCUAAAUCCCAGCUCAACUCCGAUGUCAUGAAAGCAGCCUUUCUCCUCGCAUACAACACGAUGGAAGCAGCAAUUACCACUGCUGAUAGCACUGCCGAUGAAAGCAAACCGCUCACACUCCCAAUGCCGAUACAGGUCGAUCGGAUCAAGUCUUCGCUUACAAUUCUAGGGCACAGUGAUACGGUUAUCAGCACGAUCAUCGAUGGUGCACGAAGUCUGCUACAAUACCGCAAUCUGAGAGACGAGCGAUACAAAACGAUUGAGAAGCUCAAGAAGGAUUUGGAACGCGUCACAAAAGAGAUUGCGGAGAUCUCGAAAUCCUUUCAGUCAUCAAAGGCCUGGCAAGCCCCGCGCCUCACGUUGAAUGACUCCAAGGUAGUCGUUGUGGAGGACGAGGCAAUCGCUCGCGAGCGUGAGCAGGCAGACAAGGCAAUAGAUGACCUCAAGACUGUUACUGCUCUGGCUCAGAAGUGGAAGAAAAUCAGUGGCAUUGAUGAAAGCCAUUCAGAGGCGAACGCUGCAAGUCGAAAGGCCAACAAUCACCCAAUCAAGCCGACACCGGCAUCACAACCUAAGACGCCGGGGUCCAUACCCAUAGAAAUACUCGAUUCUAUCGACGGUCAGGAUGCUAGGGUCCCUUGUGAUAGAAGGAAAUGA